UCCCUCCUCUGGCUCUGGCUCUCUCUCUCUCUCGCUCGCCCACUCCCUCUUUUCUCUCUCUGUACUCAGUUCUCUCUCUCUCUAUAAGAUGCUCUCACUGUUUUACAGCUGCCUGCUGCUCCUACUGUCCCAGCAUGCAUGCAGGGGGCAGGCGGACCUUCAGCUGUGCAGCUGGCCAUGUAAAUGCCCCGCUGUGCGGCCGCAGUGCGCCCCGGGGGUCAGCGCGGUGCUGGACGGCUGUGGCUGCUGUAAGAGCUGCGCCCGGCAGAUCGGAGAACCGUGCAACGAGAGGGACGUGUGUGACCCCCACAAAGGCAUGUACUGCGACUUCUCCAGAGACAAACCGCGCUUCCAGAACGGCAUCUGCGCAUACCUGAUGGCGGUGGGCUGCGACAUGAACGGCGCCCACUACGAUAACGGUCAGUCCUUCCAGCCGAACCCGCUGUAUAAGUGCGUCUGCAUCGCCGGCGCUAUCGGCUGCACGCCGGCCUUCAUACAGAAACCCGCCGCCAUGCUGAGUCCGGCUGGGCUGCAGAGCAGCGCCCCCGCUGGGCUGAAGGCCAAACACCAGCAGGACACCACCUACAGGACCAUGUCAGCUUACAGGGAUCCUCCUUUAGCCUGGAAGAAGAACUGCCUGGUGCAGACGGCGCCCUGGGCCCCCUGCUCCCGGACCUGCGGCAUCGGCAUCUCUGUCCGCAUCUCCAACGACAACGGCAAGUGUGAGAUGAGGAAGGAGCGGCGGCUGUGUCUGCUCAGACCCUGCGAGAAGAAGACCCUGAAAAACGUUAAGAUUCCAGCGGGAAAGACCUGUAAGCCCACCUUCCAGGCCAGGAAAGCGGAGAAGCUCUCGCUGUCUGGCUGCACCAGCAUUAAGAAGUACCGCCCGACCUUCUGCGGCGUCUGCACCGACCGGCGCUGCUGCGUCCCCAACCAGUCCAGAGCGGUGCAGGUGCAGUUCCGCUGCACAGGGGGCGCCACCGUGAACUGGAAGAUGCAGUGGAUCACUUCCUGUGUGUGUCAGAGGAGAUGCGACGAGCCGGGUGACAUGUUCUCCGAACUGUACUUACUGUAACACAGACACGUCCAAACGUUAUCGGUGGGGAACCGUUAGAAUCCGGGCUUCAGUACCAUAAACCUUACCCAGCCAAACACAAUGCUAAUUUCUGCUAGCGCCUCUAUGGGAUCUGUAGUAGUGUGUAAGCUGACGGCAGUUCACGUGAACCUUCUAGGCCGGUUCUAGAUUAAACACGGACGUGCGAAGUCAUUCCAGGUGUUUGGUCAUUCAGUUUGUAUCAGAGCUUGUAUCAGCUUUACAGUCACCCUAAUAACUAACCGGAACACUGAUUAGACUACGACUCGCAUUCAGUCAUCAGUUAUCUAGAACCUCCAGAAGUUCUGCAGUGAUGUUGGUUCCACCCAUAGAGGCAGAGAUACCACAGAGAGAAGCAUCCUGAUUGGAUGAACGUCUGUUGGCCGUUUUAAUGGAAUAAGUUAAAUAUAAGAAGCUUUAUUAUAUUAAAGGAAGACGAACUGCAUGUUACCGACGCGUCCUUUCACAGAAAGGUUCCUCACCGCACGUUAUCCUCACAGGAUGAAGAACAACCCGAGAAACUCAAAGCUGUACUUAGCGGCGCGUACGUAUGACCCCUGGAUGGCCUUAGAGACACACAGCGCACUCAAACACAUGAACGUCCUACAACUAGAGAGGCUAAUCUGGGCAAGUUCUGAUCCAUAACUGACCGUCAAUUAAAGAGAGUAACCAGCACGAAUAAAAUUACAGCAACCCAUCAAAAUAGAUAACUGCAGCAAUCAGACAGCGAUCAGAGCCGUAUUACACACCUUCACUCUGAAAUCUGAUGUGUCUGGUCUCCAUGACGACUGACCAAACCUCCUAAAUCCUGUCCUAACUUCAGGAUGAAGCCCAGCAGGGUCCUGACUCCUGUUUAAGGCCCGUUUCUCUGGUUCUGAGGCGGCUGAGUCAGGCAGCGUAGUUCACUACCAGCAUAAUG